AUGUCUCGGGAAGUGUCGCGCAGGAAGCGUCCGUCCACGCGCGGGCCCUCGUCGCGACCCGUAGCCUUCCCGGGCCCCGCAGGCCCCGCCCCGCGGCGUUCCGAAGCGCGGGCCCGCCUGCGGUACGUCGCCCUGCGGAACCCUGCGUCGCGGACGCGUUUCCCGGGGACUGAGUUCGGCUCGGCCCGACGCUCUGCGCGCUUGACGGCCUCGACCUCGGCGGGCCCAGGAUCCCCCCGCGCGCCCCACAGACCCCGGCUCCUGGGGCCGCUUCCCGGCGCACGGAGCCCGGCCUGUGGAACGCUCCGCCCAGUCAGCCCGGGUCCCGAGGGCCCCACGUGCAGCGACUCGGCCUCCAGCGCUCAUCCUGCGCAGCCCCAAAGCCUUGCAGCCUGUAAGAAGCAAAAGAAGAAGAAACUCCGGAAUGGGGCCUGUUUGGCCAAUGGAGGCGGGAAGGCCCCAGAAGAAGCCCCGGCAAGCGCCGAGGCUCAGGCCGAGCAGCUGGUCCGCGAACUGGCUUGGUGCAUAGAGCAGCUGGAGCUGGGACUCAGGACUCAGAAACCCAGCCCCAAACAGAAAGAGAGAGCCACUGGGGCAGUUCGUGCCCUGCGCAGUGAAAAGACCCCCUUGCCACGGAAGAGGCAGCUCAUGCACAGCUUGUUUGGGGACUACCGGGCACAGAUGGAAGCUGAGCGACAGGAGGCCCUGCGGGCCCUCAGGGCUGCAGCCCACUCAGCACAAGUGCAGCCUGUAGGUGAGGCUACCAGAAGGAAGAGCCGAAGAGUCUGUAAGCCUCGUCCAGCAGGGGGAACCAAGGCCAUCCUGGAUAUCCCUGAUGAAGAAUUUAGGUUCAAUUUCUUUUAGCCUUCCUGCCGAUUUUAGGACAGUAUCCUUUCCUGGAAUGCUGUGGACUUGGCCUUGAUUGCAGAGCCUUCUAGGAAUGCUUUCCUGGAUAAUUGUGGGUUGAUCUGUCCCCAGCUGUGAUGCCACAGCUUUGGGCAGAUGGGAGAUGAACAUGUUGGGACACAGGCACGGCCGGAUACCACUAUUAGGUUUUCUGAUGAAAUGUCCCUCCCACCUGAAGAGAUUUACAUUCAGAAAACAUGAAGUGGCCAGAAUGUUGUAGAAAGGAAGUUUUAUUCAACCAUUAUAAUUAGAUUAUGGAGUUAUUGAUGACAAGGAUUAAUGAGGUGGCCACAUGUUUGAUGCCUGGGGUGCUUACAUUUGAAAGGAUGCCUUGUCAUAUUGCUCACAGCCUUUCUGUCACUGUUAUAAUUUUUUAAUCUAUUUUCAAUAAUUACUAAGAAACAUGCUUGUCUAUGGUGGAAGGCCAGGCUGGUUAGGCUCUGACACUGCAGUGUCCAGGCUGGCACCAUUACUUCCUGGCCUCUGUGUUAACUCCGUUCCUGAGCAGACAUCCUCUGAGCUCUGGAACAGGGAAGUACUUUUGGAUUCUGAAGUGUCAAGUUGUGAAAUAAAGUAAUGAAAGAUGAAAUGUCA